ACUGCUGUACUGUACUGCAGGUGUGCGGUUUACUGCGAUAUUAAGCGUAAUCUCAUCUCAGUCCACCCUAAUAUGUUGGUACAACAGUAGAGUGAGUAUCAGGGGAAGGCCUUUUCGGGCCAUGGCUCGUGUUUACUUUGAAAAAGGAACUGAUUUCGAGAGUGACAUUCAUGGGACUCACUCUGCUCCUCCUCUUUUAAAACUUCACCCAAUACUUGUGUAAAUCACUGUGGAGUGGACAGUGACAGGGUCAGACGAGCAGAGGAGCUGAAGCACAAUGGAGGAAUCAACCGGCAGAUCAAUCAAGAAAAAAGUUGUGGUGGUGGGAGGUGGUUUGGUUGGGGCGCUGAAUGCCUGCUUCUUUGCCAAAAGAGGCUUUGAUGUGGAACUCUUUGAAACCCGGGAAGAUAUCCGGAAAGCCAAAGUCGUAAAAGGAAGAAGCAUCAACCUGGCUUUGUCUCACAGGGGCCGGCAAGCAUUGAAGCAUGUUGGAAUGGAAGAGAAGAUUGUCUCCCAGGGGAUCCCCAUGCAUGCAAGAAUGAUCCAUUCCCUGAAUGGGAAACAGUCUCCAAUCCCUUAUGGCAAGAAAGGCCAGUUUAUCCUGUCAGUAGACCGAGCCAAUCUGAACAAAGAGCUGCUAACAGCGGCAGAGGCAUAUCCAAACACUAAGUUGAACUUUGAUCACAAACUGCGGGAUUGGAGUGCUGAAACAGGCCUAAUGACCUUUGCCAGGUCAGAUGGGUCCAACGACCAGCUCAAGGCAGACCUGAUUGUAGGCUGUGAUGGAGCUUUCUCUGCCGUCCGCAAGCAAUUCCUUCGUCGCAGCCGCUUCAACUACAGCCAGACUUACAUCCCCCAUGGCUACAUGGAGCUCACCAUGCCACCCAUCAACGGAGAGUUCGCCAUGAAGCCUAAUUAUCUGCACAUCUGGCCACGAAACACAUUCAUGAUGAUCGCCCUGCCCAACUUGGACAAAACAUUUACCUGCACCCUCUUCAUGCCCUUUGAAGAGUUUGAGAAGAUCACCACAGGAGAUGAAGUCAUCGAGUUUUUCCAGAAAUACUUCCCUGAUGCCAUACCACUAAUUGGAGUUGAUUCUCUCAAGAGGGAUUAUUUCCGAUUGCCUGGACAGGCCAUGGUGUCUAUCAAGUGCUCCCCAUAUCACAUUGGAGACAAAUGUGUCCUCAUGGGCGAUGCAGCCCACGCAGUGGUGCCUUUCUACGGUCAAGGGAUGAACGCUGGCUUUGAGGACUGCAUUGUAUUUGAAGAAAUAAUGGAUCAGUUCAAUGAGGAUUUCAGUGCUGUACUGCCUGAGUAUACCAGAGUGCGUGUUCCAGACGACCAUGCGAUUGCAGAUCUGGCCAUGUACAACUACAUUGAAAUGCGAGCCCACGUCAACUCCAAAUGGUUUCUUUUCAGAAAACAUCUUGAUAACUUCCUCCAUUUCUUCAUGCCAAAGACAGUCGUUCCCCUUUACACAAUGGUCACUUUCACUAGGACAAGGUAUCAUGAGGCCGUGGAGCGCUGGCAUUGGCAAAACAAAAUGAUAAACCGUGGCCUGCUGUUCAGUGCUACUGGAGCUGUUUUGGGAGGCUCCUACCUGCUCAUUAAAGAUCCUUCUCACAUCAACAAGCUCAUCAUGCCUGCCGAGAAAACAUGAUGAAGGCU